AUGAGGAAAGAACAACAUAAAGCUUUUCAAGAAAAGCAAAAACUGAAUCCAGAGAAGUCUAAAGGUGAAUUUGAUAUUGUGGAGUUACUGGAGGAUUCAAAAGAUGAUAAAAGACUUUUGAAUAGAAGCAAUGAAUCAGAGAAGAAAGUAGCACAGCCUAUGGCAAUUAAUGAUCCCAAUAAGAUUCCCUAUGCCUCACAAGCUCCUGUAUCAAGACCUCUUGUGCCUCCGGGAUUUUCAAGCACCAUAGCUGAGAAGAGUACUGGAACAAAAUUUUUAACCAAUCCACAUCCUUCUGAGGUUGGCAAUGAACUUGAUGUAAGCCUUUUGCAAGCUAAAGGUACUCGUGUUUUAGAUGGGACUUCAAAUAAUCAAGAUGGAAAACAAUCUUCAGAGGAAAUGGAUUUGAAUGUGCAGCUUCCUAGAAGCCCAAAUGCUUGUGUUUCCGUUGAUAACAAGUGCGAAAAGAUUGUGAAUUUAGCAUCAGCUUUGGAUGUUUCAAGUAAAAGAAUUGGCUCUAAGACUUCUAAUCUUUCAGAAUCCUUUAUGGCUUCUGAAAAUAGUGAAUCAAUAGAUCUUGAUUCUAGGGAUGUGCCAGGGAAUAAAAAUGUUGGUGUAUCCGGUUCAUCCCAGUCAACCUCAAUUCUGGACAAGCUUUUUGGCAGUGCCUUAACACUAAAUGGUACUGGUUCCUCUAGUUUCAUUGAGCAUCAUGAUGUUAAAGCAGAUGACUCAUGGAGCCCUCAGACUGGUCAGUCUUCCAAGUUUGCUCAGUGGUUUAGUGAAGAAGCAGAAAAGAAAUCGGUUGACAAUCUCCAAUCUGGCAGGCCAAAUGAUUUGCUCUCACUAAUUGUUGGUGGUGAAAAAGGUGGAUCUCAGGUUAAAGCUACAGAUCACAUGCUGCCAACCUUUCCCUUCCAAAGCUCUGAACUUGCAGACAGGCAUUUGACAUUAAAUCUAAAGUCUGGCAGUGUUGAAAAUAGUGAGAAGUUGUCCAACACUGAUAAACUGGAUGCAGUUCCAGCUGUACUUACAUGUGAAGACCUUGAACAAUCUAUUCUGUCAGAAAUUUCUGAAAAUGGUUCAACUUUGCCGCCACCUGUGCAUGGCCAGAGAGGUGGUGACAUUAAGGCUGAGCAGCAGAAAGCUGAUGUUCAUGCAUCCCAUCACCUUCUUUCGUUGUUACAGAAGGGUACUGCCCUGAAUAAUGUAGCACCGUCUGCCAAUCUAGGGAUCAGUGCCGCAGACAGACUACAAAAUAAUGAAGUGGCAAAUCUAAGCAAUGCAGCUCGCAAGCCAAGAGAUGCAGAUGCUGAAAACGUUCCCAAUUCAGGGAAGGCUUUGACUCUUGAAACACUUUUUGGAACUGCUUUCAUGAAGGAAUUACAACCAGUAGGAGCACCUGUUUCGAGCCAAAGGGGUUCGGCUGGAUAUGCCAGAGGCGAUGGUUCAGAGUCUCAUGGGCUACCCAUACCUGCAAUAGAUGAUGGUCUCCUUCCUCCAACUGUUGAAAGUCCGCCGAGCAUGUCAAAUCAUGGAAGUGGUGUCUUAGCAUCAAAGCAAAGACAGCAACUUGUAUUGGAUAGGACUGAAGAGCAUUUGUUAGGCUUUGAUCCUCAAAAUGAAGUGGAUUCAUCACAUCUUCAAACUGAAUUGGGCUCUAAGCUUGUUGGCUUUGAUGGGUCUGUUGAAAUUCGACUUCCCGAAGAGGAUAGCUUGCUUGCAGCCAAUGCCCCUCUGAAUCUCCGAAACUUUCUCCUUGCUAGGAAUUCAGCUAAAUCUGAGUUAUUACCAACUCCAGGGACAUCAGUUGAUAUAGCUGAGAAACUUGCAGCUUUGAAUUCUGGAUUCAGGGAUGAAAGGCCUAUUGUAGGUCAAGAAGGUCAGCCUUUUCUUCGAGGUCCUUAUGAUUUGAGGGAGCCUGAUGUUCACAAAUAUGCUACACCCCCUUUCCAUCACCCUAGCAGUGCGCUGACUGGAUUUGAUCCCACUACACACAAUUCUAUGUUACAACAAAUGCAAAUGCAUGGCAAUUUUCCUCGUCCCCUCCUACGACGUGAAUUGUCCAGGGGUGCACCUCUGCCUCCACAUCCCAACAAUCAGGUGACUGGUUUUAUGCAGGAAUCAAAUCCAGUGCAAGGUUUCCCUUUUGGUCAAAGGCAGCCCAACUUUGGUGCCCUUGGAAUCCCACCUCAAGCUGUCGAUGUUGGUGGUGAAAGCAGUCAUCCGGAGGCACUCCAAAGGCUGAUCGAGAUGGAACUCAGGUCAAACUCUAAGCAAAUUCACCCUUUUGCUACCCCAGGCCACGGUCCAGGGAUAUACGGUCACGAGCUAGACAUGGGUUUUGGAUAUAGAUAA